AGAGGAAGUCGCAGUUCAGUCAGCUGAUUCCUUCACAUGACCGUUUUCUAGCUUCUCCUGUUUACCGGCGAAACUAGCGCAAAGAAUCCGGUUUUAGCUGACGGAGCCGCGAUGUUAGAGUCCGUUUAGUGACCGGACGGAGGAAUUUGCCGGACAAACUUCUCAUAGUUUAUAAAAACAGCUAAUUAUGCUGAAAAACGCAGCGUGAAUCCGGAGAAAGGCUGGUGAGCUUCAGUGAUCGAUGUGCUGCUCACUACAAUAGAGUUUUUUUCGUUUUUUUCUUCAUUCACUUCCUCAAGGAAUUUAAAAUCCUCCACGAUGACUCCAGAGGGGAAGCGGCUGUCCAACAUCAUCGUCCUCGGCUUCGGCUUCAUGUUCAUGUUCACGGCUUUCCAAACGUGCGGCAACAUAGAGCAAACCGUGAUCAAGAGCUUCAACUCCAGCGAGUUCCACGGCAGCGGAUACACGAGCAUGUCCAUCAUCUAUGGAGUUUUCUCAGCAUCCAACCUGAUCGCUCCCUCCGUGGUGACGGUCAUCGGGCCUCAGCUCUCCAUGUUCUUCAGUGGACUCCUGUACAGCGCCUACAUCGCCAUGUUCAUCCACCCGUACACCUGGAGCUUCUACACGGCGUCGGUGCUGGUCGGGAUCGGAGCUGCAGUUCUGUGGACAGCUCAGGGAAACGUUCUCGCCAUCAACUCCACCGACAGCACCAUAGGAAGGAACAGCGGAAUCUUCUGGGCUCUGCUGCAGUUCAGCUUGUUCUUUGGAAAUCUGUACAUUUACUGCGCCUGGCACGGACACGUUCAUAUAACAGAUAAAGACCGUCAGACGGUGUUCAUCUCGCUCACCGUCAUCAGUCUGGUCGGCUGCUUCCUCUUCUUCCUCAUCAGGAAACCCGACCCUGAAUCUUCUCCUGUCAACUCGGAGGUCACCGAGUCGCUGCUGGAGCCCGAAUCCAUCGAGAGCUCCACGUCCAGUUCGACUCCGCCGGGACUCUGCUCUCAGGCUCUGGACGCUUUCAUUAAAGCCUGUAAAAUGUUUGUCUCCAAGGAAAUGCUGCUGCUGAGCGUCUCCAUUGGAUACACCGGUCUGGAGUUGACCUUCUACAGCGGCGUCUACGGGACGUGUAUCGGAGCCAUGACCCGCUUCGGUCAGGACGCUAAGAGUCUGAUCGGGAUCUCUGGGAUCUGUAUCGGAAUUGGAGAAAUCUUAGGAGGGGGCGUCUUCGGGCUGCUCAACAAGGACAAUCGCUUCGGCAGGAACCCGGUGGUUCUGCUCGGACUCAUCACCCACUAUGUCGCCUUCUACCUGAUCUUCCUGAACAUCGCCAGCGACGCUCCUAUAGCUCCUGAAGCAGGAACCGACCUGCAGUCGUACAUCAGCCCCAACGUCGGCGUUGCGUUGCUCUGCAGCUUCCUGCUCGGUUUGGGCGACAGCUGCUUCAACACUCAGCUGCUCAGCAUCAUCGGCUUCCUGUUCAGAGACAACAGCGCUCCAGCAUUCGCCGUCUUCAAGUUCAUCCAGUCCAUCAUGGCGGCGCUGGCCUUCUACUACAGUAACUACCUGCUGCUCCACUGGCAGCUGCUCAUCCUCGUCAUCGCCGGCUUCCUCGGCUCCGUCACCUUCUUCGUGGCCGAAGGCGUCGCUCAGUCCAGCCGCCGGGAGUCCGACUACGACAGCAUCUGAGGGAACCGCCGGAGGUGUUUGGGUCUCCACAGCUGGAUUAGAACUCCUCCACGAAGACGUGUGUCGGACCGACGCCGUGGUACGUUUGGUUUUCACCGAGCCAAAUGUCUGGGAGGUGGAGUGUGCACGCCAGAUAUACCUCAGUUAGCUUCAUUCCAAACUCGUUUUCUUUACUUUGUGCACACAGUCUGAAUAAAUUCUACUCAGCGGGGUGGUGGAGGAAAUAUGGAAGCACUUUGGGUUGAUGGUAGUCCAGUACGGAGGGAGGACACACCGAUUUAUGGAUCAGCCGCUGGUUUUAAUGUUCACUUUAAACAGACGUCUGCUGAUAUUCACUUUAUUUGAUCUUGACAGUAAAUCCCAUAAAGAGACUCGUCAUAAACGGCUUAUUUCUUUGUGCCAAAAUCGGUUAGAAACAACUGAAUACACCUUCCGCUGCUGUAAAUGUGACUGAAUCCGCCGCUGAAAAUGGUCCCAGACGCACCGUUUAUCACAGAUGUUGGUCUUUUUAUGGGUUUGCUGCCAAGAAAAAUAAAGAAUAUCUUGGACUCGUGCACAUAUUACAAUGAAACGCUGACAAAACCGUCACUCUCAAAUUCCUCCAUCUAUUCACUGCACUUGUGUCGUUACUGCUUUACUCUUCAGCUCCACUUAAAGGUCAUCACAGCCGCAAAAUUCACUUUUCACCACAAAUUUUCUGCAACUGGGAACAGAUUGUUAGUUUAAAGGGAAACAUAAUCAAGAAACUGGGUUCUUUCUGUUCAUUUCUGUUCCAUGUGAGGGUUCUGUGUUGCUGUUCCGCUGAUAUUUAGGGGAAACGUCGCGCUGUAAUCGGAUCAUUUGACGGCUGGACAACAGACUGUUUGUGCCUCCAUGAAAGAAAGAUUAAGUCUUUUUCUUUGCUGCUUUUUCUCGUCACCUGAUGUUCAAACGGUGAAUGUUUGACAGGAAAGAGACACAACAAGACGGCAAAUCAGGGGGAAUUUACUUUUGAUUCCAGAUUUUUGGAUUGAAUUUAACUUGUAGCUUAAAGGGACACUGCAGUGAUGUAACACCACAGUUAUAUUUACCAAAAAAAUGUCGGUUUCUACAAGUCCCAUAAUGCACCUUGAUGACAUCUUAUGUUAUCUAACCCACUGGCAGGCUUCGAGGACAGGAUUUCUUUUAAAAAAAUCACCCAAAUUAUGCUGAUUUAUCAGCCAAAAACGUAAAAAUAGAAAAAAAUGUGUCAUUUUCAACUUUCUGAUGGUCCUUGAACUCAUCAUCUGUUACCUUGGAGCUUCAAAACUUUCUAUUUCAUCAAAAGAAUGUUUUAUUCUUCAUGUUACAUUUAAAAAUCUGCCAAAAAUAGAUUCUUUAAAAAACAAACAAUUUGCCAAACUUGCAUAAUUCAUCAGCCAGAAACUAAUAUUGAUGAUAUUUUUUACUUUACUUUUUUUGCUGACUUUUUUUCUUCAUGCUGUUUGCAUAUUUGCUGCUGGCUGUUCUAACCACACCCUAUUAAAAAAGGAAAAAAAGAAAAGAAAUGAAUUUUGUGACACAACCGUGCAGCCAUCAAUGACUCGGCUGAGACUAACAGACACAUGACAGAAAUUCAGAGUUUUCAGCUGAAAUGCAGGUUGUGUUUUUAAAAAGUGCCAAACUUGGACAGACAAAAAUGACUGGAUGUUUGACUUUCUAACAGUCCUUGAACUAAUCCUUUGUGGCGUAGGGUUCAGUUGGGAAAAUUUGCUACAUCAAAGUCCAAAAAUGAGCAUUUUGUGGUAAUAAUAUUCGGUAAAAAUUUUUUAAAAAUCUGCUCUCUUCGGUGUAGCAGAGAAACCAUUGGCAACUCAGCUGUGACAAAACAGCUGUGUUUUUAAAAAAUGCCGAACUAUGACAGGAAAAAAAUGACUAGAUAUUUGCCUUUCUAACGGUCCUUGAACUAAUCCUUUGUGACGUAGGGUUCAGUUGGGAAAAUUAACCACGUCUAAGUCCAAAUAUGACCAUUUUGUGCUGAUAAUAUUCUGUUAAAAACUAAAAUUAUGCUCUCCUUGGUGCAACAGAAAAACCAUCAUCGACUCAGCUGGGACCAAUAAUUACAAUUAUCUGGUAAUUAUUCAGACAGUUUACACAGAGCAGACAGGAGACGGGGAUACACGUUAUAAAUGGUUAAAUAUCGACGCCAUGGGAAGCCACCAUUAGCUUUUCUAGUGUUGGUAACAACUGAGGACACUUGGAAAAUAAAUAAUCAAAGAAAUUCAGCUUACAUUUAUUAACUUUCUUCUGAGUCCGACUGGCAGACAACAUUUCUGAGUUCCUCUCCUUCUUCUUCAUGCAGAACUUUAGAUUGAAAAAUGAACCACGGUGAAGAAAAAUGAGGCAGAAGGUAAAACCUGUUUGGAGUUCAGAGGGUUAGCAGUCUUUCUGUGUGUUUAUCUGCCAGGCUUCCUCCUGUUAAAGUCCUCUGUGGAGGUUUUGGAACUAAAGAGCAGCGUUUUAAUUUAAUUUGCACCAUGUGUGAGGAUGCUAACAAAAACACGAGAAGUCUGCUGGAUGUAAAUCAUGUUCAGAACCUUUAAACGUGUGAAAACCAGAGACUCAAGUGGCAUUAUGCUGAAUAUGAACGGUUGAUACAGAAAAGAAUGAAUUCAGGUCAGCUGAGUGCCCCUUUUAGUGUGUUUCCAAUAAAAAUGAUACAGAAUAAUAAUAAAAUCUGAGCAACUAAAUCAAAAUCACACAAAUAUAUCUGAAGUGCCCUUAUUCACAUCAGUAACGUAACACUGCCGCACAGCAACGGUUUCAUCCUCUGGAACUCUUUUAUUCUCUCAGCUUCUCCGUCUUGUUGUGCGUUUUUCCUUCACUUUUCUGUCACUUUAAACGGAUCUGAUGCCAGACGGUGCUGAAUUCAGGCCUUAAGGCGUCGUCGUGGAAACGGAGCGGUGUCAGGCGCGCUGUACUCGUUCCCUUUUUGUGUCAUUUCCUGAAUCGCGGCUCGUUGCUCUCGUUAAUUUAUUGCCAGAUUACAUGGAGGGCUUGUUUCCUGUCGCGACUGCAAUCAAGGAUACGAAGGGAAACGCAUGAUUCUGAUGUAUGAGGUGAUUUUAUACUUGAAUGUAGUAAUUUAGAGGCACCCA